GAAAAAAAUGUAAAAGUCGGAUUGUACAGAAACGAAGCUGAUUGAUAACUCCUGAUGGAAUCCUCGCCCGAUAACGUCCAAUGAUAAAAGAUGAUGUCAGCUGUUUCAAAGAAACAAUGUUGUACUUUGUAUUGAUAAGGCUUGCUUAGGUUGGGUUUAAAGUUGACAACUAUUGUGUGAAGAAAUAAUUUUAAAAAUGGAUGGACGACGUGAAUUUAGUCAAAGAGCUGGUUCUUCUGAAGUUCGUCUACAAACUGAAGCAAGAGAUCAGGGGGUCAAGGCGCAUUGUGCUGAGGUCUCAUGCCAAGAAGCCCAACAGGCAUUUCCUGCAUUGGGGGACUUUUUUCAGCAGCCAAGCUCAGCAACUGAUCUGUCAAAGUCUAGGCCAAAGGCUCGUCUAGACUCCGGUGCAAGUGGCUUUGCCUAUGGAGAUGAAAUACAACAAAAGUUGUCCAUGAUCAAUGGCACAAUAAACAAAAUGACCAAGGAACAACUUCAGGCAAAACUGAUGCAUAUACGGCUGAAUUCAUGUGGGAGUAAAGACGUGUUGAAGAAACGUCUGAAGAACCACUACAAGCGUCAACGACUUGCUCAGAGUCACAAGCUGUCGUCCGAGGAGAAGAUGAAAUACCGCUACUUGAUUGUCAUUGAUUAUGAAGCAACUUGCAGUGAGACCAAUGAAAACUUUGUGCAUGAGAUUAUUGAAUUUCCUGCUGUUUUGAUCGACACGCAGAACAUGGCCGUGUGCAAUGUUUUCCAAAGGUUCUGUAAACCAAGACUGAACCCUGUUCUGACUCAGUUUUGCACAGAUUUGACAGGGAUAUCUCAGCAUCAAGUGGACAAAUCAAAUGACUUCAUUGAAGUUUUCUCAGAGUUUGAAGAAUGGAUGUCAAUACAUGGAUUGGGAACAGAGCAUAAGUUUGCCAUUCUAACAGAUGGUCCAUGGGAUAUGGCAAGGUUUCUUAGAACACAGACCGAACUCAGCGGUAUUGACUUCCCUGCAUGGGCCAAGCAAUGGAUCAACUUACGCAAAGCCUAUUCUGCUUUCUAUGGUGUAGGCAGGGUCAACCUUCAGCACAUGCUGGAUGACCUUGGCAUGAAGUUUCAAGGCCGGCCACACUGUGGGCUGGAUGAUGCCCGGAACAUCGCUAACAUAGCCAUGCGGCUUCUCCAAGAUGGCUGUAUUAUGCGGAUCAACGAGUACUUUCACGAGGACAAUAAGAGCCCCGUGAAAAAUGGGACAUCGCAAAAGUCUGGGAGGGCAGACACGUUCAGAUCUCCCACCAAAUCUCGCCUGACCCAGGUGAACAGUUCCAAAGACAAUGAACAAGGCGCUUGUCGACCGGACAUUCCUCAAGAGGGAGAGAAUGUCUCGGACUUGCUGGAAUACCUCCGGAUACAAAGGUCUUAGCUACUGUUUUAUGCUUUUUAGUAAGCUUUCAUUCAUGGUUGUUAGAUCUUUCUCGUUCUGAAAGGCCUGUGCUGCUGUAAUGUUGGAUAAGUCCAGUAAUAGAAAUGUUUUAAAAAAAAAUUUCUUUGCUUGAAAGUAACGUUUUUUUGUUUCACUCUGAUUAGUUAUUGCCUUUAUAGUAGGCAGGUUUUUAAAAUGGAAUAAUGUUUCUCUGGGCUCCUGAUUCUUUCUACUGCUACUCCUUGGCUCCUUCUUACUGCAACCUUUCAGCAACACCCCUGAUCUUAGGGUAGAUGAGAUCAAACACCUAGCCUUUCUGGAAAGGGGCAGAAGUUGUGCACGUUGAAGAUCCUUUGAUGGUCCUAAAAUUGAUAAGAGUAGGUUUCAGCCGCCACCCGGGCAAAAUUCAAAAUUAAUUCCUAUCGAAUUGAAACUGCUUAAUGCGUCCCAUGUGCUCAUAUGAUGGUAAGCAGUUGCGAGCACUAUAAAACACUUAUAACACCCCCCCCCCCCCCC